AUGCUGUGCCCCAGGAAGAAGCGCCUCACCAGGGAUGCAGAUUUCUCUGCCAUCGCGGUGCCGUCUAUGCGGGGGUCUGGUUACCUGGACUACACCAUAGAGACCCACCCCUCCAGAGCCCUCCAGGCCAUGGAGGACUUCAGAAGGCACGAGAUGCUGUGUGACAUCACCCUCCACGUCACCUAUAAGGACAUGACCGCUGACUUCAAGGUGAGAGGGCUGCUCUUUGUUCCUACUAUACUAUAAAAAGCUGUGUAAGGUGAUACUUGACUGUAAAAUACAGCGUUAACCUUGCGCUUUACCCCAGGGGUUUGCUUAUCAAAGCAAGAGGCUGUCAAAUACUUUAUUAGUUGAAUCGGGUGUUUUACUGCUUGGUUGGAGUAAAAGCCUGCACCCCACCCACAUGUAUAAGAUUGGCCACCCCUCCCCUCCCCCACCAGGUGCAUAAAGUGGUGCUGGCGUCAUGCAGCCCUUACUUCAAAGCCAUGUUCACCAGCAGCUUUAAGGAGUGCCACGCCUCUGAGGUGACGCUACGUGAUGUCUGCCCCCUGGUGGUAGGGAGGCUCAUUGACUUCGCCUACACUUCACGCAUCACUGUGGGGGAGAAGUGUGUGCUGCACGUCCUACUGGCCGCCCUGAGGUAAGAGACUAUGUGGUGACAUGAAUAAUUGGACUGGUAGAUGGUCUAUAUAUAAAGUGCUUCCUGGUGUCUUAUAUGAUGAAUCCUUCUGUACUUUUAAGGCGUGUUGUGACUACCUCAUUGAACAUGUCUAAAAUGUGUGUGUGUGUGUGUGUCAGGUACCAGAUAGAAGACGUGGCUAAGGCUUGCUGUGACUACCUCACUAAAAACUUGGAGCCUGCCAACGUGAUCGGCAUCGCUCGCUUCGCUGAGGAGAUUGGCUGCACUGAGCUGCACCUGAGGAGCCGCGAGUACAUCAACACACACUUCAACGAGGUAGGAACCAUACAUACACACACACACACUUUGUAUCUCACCCGCAUAAUGUAGCCAAUGUGGCUGGCUCUGUGUCUGAAGUCACCUGAAGUAACCUUUCAGAUGUGGGUUGGAUUUGGGCCAAAAUAAUGUUGCUGUUUGUCGAACAGCUGUCAUAUUGCUGUACACAUGAGCUAUUUUAUCAGGAUGUCAUAAAGACUAUAAAACAUCAACGAGACAAAGAUGAUUCUGCCUUUUAUUGAUAGACGUUAGAGGAGCCAUUGUGGCUCCAAGAGGACCUGACAUACAGACUCUACACUCGAGACCAUUAUAGCAUCCAUGAUGUUCUUACACUGUGAAGAGCAGGAAGCCACUGAAGGUGUUAUGGUUUUCGUAGGAAUCCCAGAGCUUCCACAAUGUAGGGAUGCACAUGUACACCGUAUAUCCCCCUUCAUCAGUUCUAGAGUGAAAGCAUUAGAAAUGUGCUUAUCAUCAGGUUUGAGGUGGUAAAUAUGCAGGAUUCUCUGACCAUUCUUGUACAUGUACAGUGCCUUCAGAAAGUAUUCACACCCCUUGACCUUUUCCACAUUUCGUUGUUGCAAAGUGGGAUUAAAAUGGAUUUAAUUGUAAUUUGAUCUACACAAAAUACUCUGUCAAAGUGUAAAAAGAAUUCUAACAUUUAGUAAAAAUUAAUGAAAAAUAAAACACUCAUAUCUUGAUUAGAUAAGUAUUCACCCCCCUGAGACAAUACCUGUUAGAAAAACCUAUGGCAAUGAUUACAGCUGUGAGUCUUUUUGGGUAAGUCUCUAAGAGCUUUGCACACCUGGAUUGUACAAUAUUUGCCCAUUUUAUACUUUUGAAAAAUUAUUCAAGCUCUGUCAAGUUGGUUGUUGAUCAUUGCUAGAAAGCCAUUUUCAAGUCUUACCAUAGAUUUUCAAGCCGAUUUAUGUCAAAACUGUAACUAGGCCACUCAGGAACAUUCAAUGUCAUCUUGGUAAGCAACUCCAGUGUAGAUUUGGCCUUAUGUUUUAGGUUAUUGUCCUGCUGAAAGGUGAAUUUGUCCCCCAGUGUCUGUUGGAAAGACUGAACCAUAUUUUUCUCUAGGUUUUUGCCUGUGCUUAUCUGUAUUCCGGUUUUUUUAUCCUAAAAACUACCUAGUCCUUGCCGAUGACAAGCAUACCCAUAACAUGAUGAAGCCACCACCAUGCAUGAAAAUAUGAAGAGUGGUACUCGGUGAUGGAUUUGCCCCAAACACAACGCUUUGUAUUCAGGACAAAAAGUAAAUUUCUUUGCCACAUUUUGUGCUGUAUUACUUACAGUGAGGGAAAAAGGUAUUUGAUCCCCUGCUGAUUUUGUACGUUUGCCCACUGACAAAGAAAUGAUCAGUCUAUAAUUUUAAUGGUACGUUUAUUUGAACAGUGAGAGACAGAAUAACAACACAAAAAUCCAGAAAAACGCAUGUCAAAAAUGUUAUAAAUUGAUUUGCAUUUUAAUGAGGGAAAUAAGUAUUUGACCCCCUCUCAAUCAGAAAGAUUUCUGGCUCCCAGGUGUCUUUUAUACAGGUAACAAGCUGAGAUUAGGAGCACACUCUUAAUCUCAUCUUGUUACCUGUAUAAAAGACACCUGUCCACAGAUGCAAUCAAUCAAUCACAUUCCAAAUUCUCCACCAUGGCCAAGACCAAAGAGCUCUCCAAGGAUGUCAGGGACAAGAUUGUAGACCUACACAAGGCUGGAAUGGGCUACAAGACCAUCGCCAAGCAGCUUGGUGGGAAGGUGACAACAGUUGGUGCGAUUAUUUGCAAAUGGAAGAAACACAAAAUAACUGUCAAUCUCCCUCGGCCUGGGGCUCCAUGCAAGAUCUCACCUUGUGGAGUUGCAAUGAUCAUGAGAAUGGUGAGGAAUCAGCCCAGAACUACACGGGAGGAUCUUGUCAAUGAUCUCAAGGCAGCUGGGACCAUAGUCACCAAGAAAACAAUUGGUAACACAGUACGCCGUGAAGGACUGAAAUCCUGCAGCGCCCGCAAGGCCCCCCUGCUCAAGAAAGCACAUAUACAGGCCCGUCUGAAGUUUGCCAAUGAACAUCUGAAUGAUUCAGAGGAGAACUGGGUGAAAGUGUUGUGGUCAGAUGAGACCAAAAUCGAGCUCUUUGGCAUCAACUCAACUCGCCGUGUUUGGAGGAGGAGGAAUGCUGCCUAUGACCCCAAGAACAUCAUCCCCACCGUCAAACAUGGAGGUGGAAACAUUAUGCUUUGGGGGUGUUUUUCUGCUAAGUGGACAGGACAACUUCACCGCAUCAAAGGGACGAUGGACGGGGCCAUGUACCGUCAUAUCUUGGGUGAGAACCUCCUUCCCUCAGCCAGGGCAUUGAAAAUGGGUCGUGGAUGGGUAUUCCAGCAUGACAAUGACCCAAAACACGGCCAAGGCAACAAAGGAGUGGCUCAAGAAGAAGCACAUUAAGGUCCUGGAGUGGCCUAGCCAGUCUCCAGACCUGAAUCCCAUAGAAAAUCUGUGGAGGGAGCUGAAGGUUCGAGUUGCCAAACGUCAGCCUCGAAACCUUAAUGACUUGGAGAAGAUCUGCAAAGAGGAGUGGGACAAAAUCCCUCCUGAGAUGUGUGCAAACCUGGUGGCCAUCUACAAGAAACGUCUGACCUCUGUGAUUGCCAGCAAGGGUUUUGCCACCAAGUACUAAGUCAUGUUUUGCAGAGGGGUCAAAUACUUAUUUCCCUCAUUAAAAUGCAAAUCAAUGUAUAACAUUUUUGACAUGCGUUUUUCUGGAUUUUUUUGUUGUUAUUCUGUCUCUCACUGUUCAAAUAAACCUACCAUUAAAAUUAUAGACUGAUAAUUUCUUUGUCAGUGGGCAAACGUACAAAAUCAGCAGGGAAUCAAAUACUUUUUUCCCCCACUGUAAGUGCCUUGUUGCAAACAGGAUGCAUAUUUUGGAAUAUUUUUAUUCUGUACAGUCUUCCUUCUUUUCACUCUGUCAUUUAGGUUAGUAUUGUGGAGUAACUACAAUGCUGUUAAUCCAUCCUCAGUUUUCUCAUAUCACAACCAUUGAAAUCUAUAAUUGUUUUAAAGUCACCAUUGGCUUCAUAGUGAAACCCCUGAGCCGUUUCCUUCCUCUCCGGCAACUGAGUUAGGAAGGACGCCUGUAUUUUUGUAUUGACUGGGUGGUGUAUUGAUACACCAUCCAAAGCCUAAUUAAUAACUUCACCAUGCUCAAAUGGAUAUUCAAUCUCUGUUUAUUUUUAUUUUUAACCAUCUACCAAUAGGUUUCCUUCUUUGCGAGGCAUUAAAAACCUCCCUGGUCUUUGUGGUUGAAUCUGUGUUUGAAAUUCACUAUUCGAUUGAGGGACCUUACAGAUAAUUGUAUGUGUGGGGUACAGAGAUGCGGUAGUCAUUCCAAAAUCAUGUUAAACACUAUUAUUGAUCACAGAGUCCGUGCAACUUAUGUGAAUUGUUAAGGACCGUUUUACUCCUGAACUUAUUUAGGCUUGCCAUAACAAAGGGAUGGAAUACUUAUUGACUCAAGACAUUUCAGCUUUUCAUUUCUUAUUAACUUUGAAAAUGUUUUACAAACAAAAUUCCACUUUGACAUUAUGGGGUAUUGUGUGUAGAUCAGUGACACAAAAUCUCAAUGUAAUGCAUGUUUAAUUCAGACCAUAACACAACAAAAUGUGGAAAAAGUAAAGGGGUAUGAAUACUUUCUGAAGGCAAUGGAAAAGUUGUUCAUGGCAGUGAAUCUCAAGUAGUAGACUCCUCUUACUGUAGCUGUGGAGAUACCUGGAGCAGAGGACAAGAACAUUUUGCAUACAUGCUUUAAUAUAGUUUGAACUCCUAAACUAAAGUCAGUCAAAAACAGUCUAUAUGGUUGGGCCGUAAAGUGACUACCUGUUGUCGGGUCGUAGGCCUUGCCGAUGUUGGUGAUGACUCUGGUGUAGACCAGGGUGGUGACAUUAUUGAAGGGGCCUACAGGUCUAUCGUGGCUCAAACCAGCAGAGAAGGCCACUUUUGGUUUGCCUGUGAACACAGGAGAGAAAACGGUAGAAUUACUUGAUGAUACUGAUAAAAUGACUUUCUUCUAUUCUCAUUCACAGAGUGCAAACUGCAGUAUCUUUUAUGGUUCGAAGGUUCUCAGUGGUAUUCAAUACAUUAUAUUUGUGGAACAGGGAAUUCAGCAGCAAUGUAGAUUUAGUGAAAUUAACUGAUCCCGAACCCAAAAGCAAUGUUCUUUACAUCUGUUUUACUAUAACAUUAGCUCCUCCACCUGGCUCUCAUUGGAACCGUCUGGCCUCCAGGCCUGAAAACAACAGACAUAUUCACACCAAGAGUCACCAGUAACUUUACAUCCAACAUGAAACAAUGUUAACCCUUCCUCAAGUCAUUAUAAACAGUGGGACACUGUGACUGACUUAUUUCCUUCAAUUUACACCUUUACAACCAUACGUGUUAAAUCACCUGGGUUCUUUAUCUUCAGCGUCCCCAUGGUGGCUUCUAAGGUCCACUACUGUGUUUCUCUGCUCCUUCGCCUCAGCCUCACUGGCUGUCACUCUGGCCUCCAUGUUCCUCAGCUUCUCUCUCUGCUCCACCACGAUGGUUCCCAGGUUGUGCACCAUGUCUCUCAGCUCCUUCAUCUCAGUCCCGAUGUCAGGGGUGGUGGUCUGUUCGUUGGUCGUCUCUGUAGCUUCGGUCCCUCGUCUCUCUAUCUGAACCUCACUCACCCUGCUCUCUCUCCCUGCACUGUGACCCUGUUGAGUGACAUCACUCUCUCUGACCCCUCCACUCUCCUCCUGAGUCCAUGACCCAGACAGACAGAACAGCAACACCAGCAGAGCUACAGCACCCCUCAUUCUGUAACGACACCUGUUCAGAUAUGAUGCACUUUGUGAGGCUCAGACCCCUUCCUUAUAUACACACAUCUCAGUUAAGCAGUACCUUUACAAGAGACACAUCAUUAGAAAUCAAGGUAAAAACAAGAACAUUUGAUCAAAUAAGUUUCAUUUUGGGGCUGGUAAGUUCUAUCAAUGUUGUAAAGACCAUGAGAAGUCUGCAACUGUUGUUUGGUGAAGGGUCCCCUGACGUCAGCUGUUCUCGCUUUAACGUUAGACAAAAACAGUGUGCUUAGUCAUGACAUAGAUUAUUGACGGACUGUGUUUUUUGUGUGUGAUUAUGUGACGCGUGUUGACUGCGUGUCUAAUUGUCCCUACCCCAGGUAACCAAAGAGGAGGAGUUCUUCAGUCUGUCUCACUGUCAGCUUUUGGAGCUGAUCAGCCAGGACAGCCUCAAGGUGCUCUGUGAGUCCGAGGUAUAGAUUUGAUUUAUAUUCUAUUCUAUUGUUUAUCCUGAGGUGUAUAUUUCUAUACUUCACUUAUAUGCAAACCUUUCUAAAAACCUGUUUUCGCUUUGUCAUUACGGGGUAUUGUGUGUAGAUUGAGGAAAAAAAUGAAUUUGAUCAAUUUUCGAAUAAGGCUGUAACGUAACAAAAUGUGGAAAAAGGGAAGGGGCCUGAAUACUUUCCGAAUGCACUGUACUUCACCUAUAUGCAUAUUUCUAUGUGAAAAUCAAGAUAACCAUCUGUUUGACCAUGAGCUCCUUGGUGACAGGUGUACAAGGCGUGUACAGACUGGGUGCGUUGGGAUGUGGAGAGCAGAGCGCCGUAUCUCCACGCCCUCCUCAAUGCUCUCCACGUCUAUGCUCUGCCUCCCAAGUUCAUCAAGAUACAGCUCCAGUCCUGCCCCAUCCUCAGCAAGGCAAGUCACUAUCUAUGAAACCUAUGUCAUUUAUUCAUCUGUGACCGGCUACUGGGAUUGAUUUAUAGAUUGAGGAAUACCUAAUUCUAUCAUUUUCUAUUUUCAUGUUCCUUUCUUCCUUCCUUCCUUCCUUUAAUCCAGGCCAACUCAUGUAGAGACUUCCUGUCUAAGAUAUUCCAGGAAAUGGCAUUGAGGAAGCCCCUCCCCCCUGCGCCUCACCGUGGAACACAGCUUAUCUACGUAGCUGGAGGGUACUCUACAACCAUAUGAUGGGAUGGGGUGUAGUAGGAUAGUAUAGCAUAGUAUACGAUACAAUACAAUGAGAUAAUUAGAUGAUAUGAUAUCAUAUGAGUAUGAUGAUAGAAUCCUGAUGUGGUCAUGGUAUGUACUGUCUGAUCCUCCUGUGUUCCAUCCCAGGUAUCGGCAGCACUCUCUGUCUUCUAUGGAGGCCUAUGACCCUGGUAGGAACGUCUGGCUGAAGCUAGCUGACAUGGACUCUCCCUGCAGUGGUCUGGGCUCCUGUGUGCUGUUUGGCCUGCUCUACACGGUACACGCACGUACGCACACACCUUGCUUUCUACGGCCUUGUCUGUCUAUCUAACCCUUCCUCCUCUUUCUCAGGUGGGAGGCAGGAACCUGUCCCUACAGAACAACACUGAGUCCAGUUCCCUGUGCUGCUACAACCCUAUGACCAACCAGUGGAGCCAGCACGCCUCCCUCAACACCCCCAGGAACAGGGUGGGGGUGGCCGUGGUGGACGGGAGCAUUUACGCCGUAGGGGGGUCCCAGGGCUCCACACAUCAUAACACUGUGGAGAGGUGAGGAGGGGGGAGGUGAGAGAGAGCGAGAUUCCCCAAGAUAAUGUAGAAAUUCCUGAGCCCAAGGUGGGGGACUAAUUAGUGUGACAGCUUUUGGUCCUGCUGUGUUGGGGCCCACUUCCAAGGAAUGUCAAUCCGAUUGGGAAUGCUUCACAACUCGCUGCUGUGCGGCUAACCGGUAGGAAAAUAUCUUCACCGGAAUGCCGUUACAGGAUCCGUGGCUCUGGUAGAAUACCUCAGAGAUGUGUCCUUCCUUCCUUCCUUUCCUCGCCACUGCUCUCCUUUCCUCCCACCCUCCCACAAAGCUUGUUACUAGACACCGCACAAAGCUGGUAGCUUUAGUUAAUCCACUGUAAGUUACCUUGCUCAUAUACAUUGGGUUAGUUAUACUAUCUAGCUCACACUGAUGGGUCCUACAGUCCCAUGCACUCAGGUCAUGAUGAUGAUGAUAACAAUGCUAAUGAGCAUUAAAGUUGCACUAUGCAGAAAUCGCGCCGCCAUUUCCUGGUUGCAACAUUUUGAAUAGUUCCCCCAAACAAGCAAGUAUAGUGUAGAGAAUCAUUGUACCAUCUAAACCGCUGUGAAAUGUAUUUUCCAUAACCAAAUAUAUUGUAUUUUCAGCUGUUUGAAGCUGGUGUACAAAUCCGAAAGUAAAAGAUGCAAAAACGAAACUUAAGAACGGGAAGAAUAGAAAUAACACAUAGAACAGAUCUACUGCUUCUUAGACUUGCUUUUUUUAACUCACAUUUCUAUGUGAAUUUGGUCGGGUCACCCAAAAAGUUACAUAUUGCAGCUUUAAGACAACCACCACCAUAAAUUCUCUCUCUCUCUCUCUCUCUCUGCCAGGUAUGACCCAGAGGCGAACCGCUGGGUGUUUGUGAGCCCCAUGUCAGUAGCCCGUCUAGGGGGCGGGGGUAGCAGGUUGUGGGGGGUCUCUGUACGUGGUGGGGGGGUUCGACGGCCAGAACCGCUGGAACACAGCAGAGAGGUUCCACCCUGACUCCAACACCUGGCACCAACUUGCCCCCAUGACCACUGUACGCAGUGGACUGGGUGAGUAUGUGUGCGUGCGCACGUGUGUGUGUGUGUGUGUGUGUGUAUACACCUGUGGAUAACGUCUCCCUCUGUGUGUGUGUAUAGGUGUGGUGUGUGUGGACUCGUACCUGUAUGCAGUAGGAGGGUAUGACGGUCAUACCCAGCUCAGCUCCAUGGAGAGGUACAGUGUAACCAGAGGUACUGUGUGGGAGCCAGUGGCCUCCAUGCAGCACUGCCGCAGCGCUCAUGGAGUCACCAUCUACCAGGGACGCAUCUUCGUACUGGGUGAGUCUGGAGAAACCUACCAUCUCUCUGGAGAGUUUGGCCAACUUUAGAACGAGAUACCAUGUUGCUGCCUCUGAGCCUUUGAUUCACUUAUCCUCUUUCCCUCUCUCUCUCUCCCUCUCCCCCUCCAUCCCUCUUCCUCUUCCUCCCCCUCCAUCCCUCUUCCUCUCCCUCCAUCCCUCUUCCUCUCCCUCCCCUCCAUCCCUCUUCCCCCCCCCCCCCCCCUCCAUUCCUCUUCCUCUCUCCCCCUCCAUCCCUCUUCCUCCCUCCUACCUCCAGGUGGUUUUAACUCCACAGGGUUUCUGUCCAGUGUUGAAAGUUACUGCCCUGACACCAACCAGUGGACGUCCGUCACCAACAUGUUGCUAGGACGCAGUGGAAUGGCCGUCGCAGUAACCAUGGAGCCCUGCCCCGGCAACCUGCCCGUGGAGGAAGAAGAAGAGGAAGUGACAUACAGUUAG